AUGACACAAAAGGCACGUGCUUUACUGGACUGUGGUAGUGAGUCCUCAUUUAUUACAAAAACAUUAAAGGACCAACUCUCAUUAGAUUCUAAUCCUAUAGACGCGCUAAAUGUUAUUGGUAUCGGUAAUGUCUGCAAUGAUAAAGUAAGGGAAACCUGUAUUACACAAAUAACAUCUCUAAAUAGUCAAUUUACUGCUAAACUGUCGUGUUUGGUAAUGAAUAAAUUAACAAGUGAUCUUCCAAAGAUCCCUAUAGAUGUACAUAAAUUUGACAUUCCUCAAGACAUCAAUUUAGCAGAUCCUACUUUUAAUCAACCUGGUACAGUUGAUAUUUUGAUAGGAUCUGAUUUGUUUUGGGAGAUCUUGGGAAACGAAAAACGUUCUCUAGGUCCAAAUAAACCUAUAUUAAUAAAGUCUAAACUUGGCUGGUUGAUAGCUGGCCCUACGCAUUCUAUACAUAAUUCAUACAAUAAAUAUACUAAUUGUCAUCAUUCAGUAUCGCAUGUUGAAGUAGAAUCUAAUAUUGAUAGCAUGCUCAAAAUAUUUUGGGAAAUUGAAGAACUUCCUAAGAAAACAGUGAUGAGUAAGAACGACAAAAUUUGUGAACAGCACUUCAUAGACAAUACAGUUCGCCUAAAUACUGGCAGGUUUUGUAUUAAACUACCUCUAACAGAUUCCACAGACUGCCUUGGAGAUACCUUUUAUUUAGCAAGAAAACGUUUUCUUUGUCUUGAAAGAAGGUUUAAAAGGCAGCCUAAACUAAAACUGGAGUAUUCCAACUUUAUUAAAGAGUAUGCGAAAUUAGGUCAUCUCUCGGAGUGUCCUAUACUAAAACCAAAUCCAGCUUACUUUUUAUGUCAUCACGCUGUAUUUAAAAACAGUAGUGAAUCUACCAAGCUUCGAGUAGUGUUUGAUGGGUCCGCUCCCUCUUCCUCGGGGUAUUCUUUAAAUGACAUUCUGAUGGUGGGUCCUAAUGUACAGGACUCCCUCUUCUCCAUUUUGGUAAGAGCAAGACAAUACAAAUACCUCUUAACUGGUGACAUUGAGAAAAUGUAUCGCCAGGUUCAAGUGAAAUCGGAGGAUAGAAACUUGCAACUUAUUCUGUGGAGAGAAGAUGAGUCCCAGCCCAUCAGAACAUUACAAUUAAAUACUCUCACUUACGGUACGGCAAGUGCGAGCUAUUUGAGCACAAGAUGUAUCAAAAAAUUAGGGGAAGAGCAGGAAGAGGAAUUAAUUAGUAGUAUUAUUCAAAGAGAUUUUUACAUUGAUGACCUUGUCACUGGAUCUAAUGAUGCAGUUGAAUUACGAUAUAUACAAAAUAGAGUUUCAGAGAUAUUACUAUCCGGUUGUUUUAAUUUAAGAAAAUAUAGAAGUAAUUUGGAAAAUCUGUUUGAAAAUUCAAAUAUAGAUACGCAACAAAAUUUAACUAUUAGUGAGUCUUCGAACACUCUCGGGCUUGGUUGGGACCCAUCGAAUGAUUGUUUGCAUUUCCCGAUAAAUUUUCACCUAGAAUACGAAACAGUUACAAAACGAGUAAUAAUGUCAAAUUCAUUUAAAUUAUUUGAUCCCUUAGGUAUCUUAAGUCCAUGUAUAAUCAAGCCUAAAAUGAUGUUACAAAAACUAUGGUUACAAAAGAUAGACUGGGAUGAACCAGUCCCAUAUGAUAUUAGGGAACAGUGGAUAAACUUUAUCAAAAAUAUGCCUUGCCUUCUAAAAUUACAGAUUCCACGGUGGGUUAUUUGCGACUCACCUGUAUGUGUGGAGCUGCAUUCAUUCAGCGACGCUUCUCAAAGUGCUUACGGUGCAUGUGUGUAUGUGAGGUCAAUAGACGCAAACAAUGACAUUACCGUAAGGUUACUUUGUGCCAAAUCCAAGGUAGCUCCAGUUAAACCCAUGACAAUACCUCGUUUGGAGCUUUCUGCUGCACUUCUUGCUGCCAGAUUAUGUAGGGAUAUUGAGACGUCCAUAAGGUACACACCAGAUCGCAUAAUUCAUUGGUGCGAUUCUAGCGUAGUAUUGUCAUGGAUCAAUAAUGACGUCACGAAACUAAAAUCAUUCGUAGCUAAUCGCAUUAGUGAGAUUGUCGAACUCACUCAUUCUUCAGCAUGGCGAUAUGUCCCUACUACAGCUAACCCAGCAGAUUUAAUAUCCAGGGGCUUGGAUGGUAAUCAAAUUAUUAUGUCAAAUUUAUGGUGGACGGGACCUUCAUUUUUAUUUCAGAAUGAGGCUGAGUGGCCAAUAUUAAAAUCUUGUACUGAACCCUACGAAACACUACCCGAAAUUAACACAAAUAUAGCAAUGCUUCCGAAUCCAAUAAUUCAAAUCAACCGUUAUUCUAAUUUAACCAAGCUACAAAGAAUUUUAGCAUACGUAAUGAGGUUUAUAUAUAAUUUAAAAAACAAUAAAAAUCAACGUUCAGGAAAAUUAACUAUAAAUGAAUUAAAUGAAGCUUUUAUAAUACUCUGUGGCAUUGCUCAACAAGAAAUAUAUCCAAUAGAAUUAAAUAUACUAUCAAAUAAUAAGAUGUUAAGUUCUAAGUCGAAAAUAUUGCAGUUGUCUCCUUUUCUAGAUGAUCACAAAUUAAUCAGGGUUGGAGGACGAAUACAUGCGUCUAAUUGUACAUAUGAACAGAAGCAUCCUAUACUUUUACAUGCAUCUCACCAUUUAACCAAGCUCAUUUUCGAAAGAGAACACAUAAGUCAUAUGCAUGCAGGCCCACAGUUAUUAUUAGCCGUAGUGAGAGAAAUUGUGUGGCCUGUCAAUGGAAGGCACCUAGCUAGGCGUGUUGUUAACAACUGUGUACGCUGUAGGCGUCUUCGUGGCAAAACACUUUGCCCUAAAAUGGGUAAUUUACCUUCCCAACGUAUAACUCCCGACUUCCCAUUUUUAUCAGUUGGCUUGGACUUCGCUGGUCCUUUUCAUAUACUAAAUAGAAAGGGACGUGGCAGUAGAUUGAUUAAAGCAUACUUGUGUCUGUUUGUAUGCUUGCGAUACAAAUGUAUUCAUUUAGAAGCGGUAAACGAUUUGUCAAAGGAGUCUUUUAUUAUGACUCUCAAACGAUUUGUCGCGCGCCGCGGUAAACCAUUAGAGAUAUUUUGCGACAAUGGUCGUAAUUUUGUAGCCGCAGCAAAAGAAUUAGGAGAAUUUCUAAAAUCAAACAUUGACAGCGUAUCUGACUUUGCAAAUCAUGAAGGCUUUAAGUUCAUAUUUACUCCUACUUACGCUCCUCACUUUGGGGGUAUUUGGGAGGCAGGCGUAAAGAGCGCAAAGGGGUAUUUAAAAAGAGUCAUAGGGAAUAGUCAUUUGACAUUCGAGGAAAUUUCUACAUUAUUUUCGCAAGUGGAGGCUGUACUUAAUAGUCGUCCUUUAUGCCCUUUGUCGUCCCCCCUAAUGAUCUACUUCCAUUGUCUCCUGGUCACUUCCUAA